AUGGGAUCUGCAGAUGGGGAAAGAGAUUGGGGGGGUGCGGGAUGUUAUGUAGAUGCGGUGGAUGUAUCAAGGGAUGGUCGACGGGUCGCCACUGCUGGUGGAGAAAGCAAUAAUAAGCAUGAUUACGAGGAGCUCCGAACCUGCGAGAUUGAGACACGCUUUCCUUCAGCCCAGGCCACGACUAAGUCACAACCACCGCCCGCCAUCCAGUCCUCUACUGCUUCUUCCACUACCUCCAAAUCCCACAAACACCACUCAUCAGCCUGGUGGCCCCGUGCAAGUCGUGCAUUGCUGCCUACCGUUGAUGUUCCUCUCGCGCCGGGUAAACUACGCGUCGCUGCAGCGGGUGCUUCUGCCAAGGAUGAUGAUGAUUUGAUCCGUGAUGAAGACUAUGUCUCUGCUCCUUCACUAACCCCCGGUUCACAGCCACAAUCCACAGCAGAGCAGAUUACUGUUGUCUCUAGAAAGCAUAGAAGCGGCUGCUCGUGUUUCUGCUUUUAG